UCUCACACACAGCCUGCAGCCGGCUGGCACUUAAAUCAUUUCAGACAGUUUCUUACGUCACGGUUUCCAGCUGUAUGAGUGGGUCCCUAUACACACCGCUGCUCGUCUUUAAGAGACGUCAACAGGUCUGCAAAUUCUCCAGGAAUAUCAACAAAAACACAGCUUUUCUUGGCCCACGGCGGGUCCACAAAUUUUUCACUGACCACAGCGGGUCCACAAAUCUUCGCUGACCACGGCGGGUCCACAAAUGCAUAGAUCAUUUCCAGGAUAUUUCAAAUCAAACUUGAGCCGUGGUAAAAAGAGAUGUUUAACAUCUACUAAGCAGCUUGUUAAGGCAGGCAGUAAGACCACAGGCCUCAGUUUUUAUUUGCUGUCAAAAAACACAUCCUACACACCUUUGCCAGCUGAGGAGCUUGAACUCCUACAAGCUGGCAUGGGGAGACAAACAGUGUCUCUUCUAGAAGAUGGUGACCAUGCAGAGAUUUCUAGACUUCUGGAAGAAACCUUUCGAAAAAUGGAAUAUCUUUGUGGAGGAUGGCUCUUGCAUAAGGCAACAGGUGGCAGUGGUCGACGAAAGCUCACUGUAAUUCCACCUGAAACAGAAGGAUAUUCUGUCAAAACACUGAAAGCUGUGUCAGGAGGUGGCAAAUCCACUUUUUACAUUGUACCUCUUCAGGAAACAUUAGACACAUCUCCUCUACCUCCCGACUCACAGCACUUUUCAAAGAUGCCAAAGAAGAUAUGUUACCAGUGUAAUGAAAUGAUGCCUCUGCAGAUGCUUGCAGUACACAUCAAUACGUGCAAAGGAAAAUUCUCUCCUGAUGAGACUGAUGAUGAGGAAUCUGAGUUAUGCAUUGUGAAAAGCAAAUGCAAGGUUAUUUGUCCAAUAUGCACUAAGGACUUUCCUGAAGAUGAGAUCACAGUCCACGCAAGUCUGUGUGGGGAUAGCUUUCAAUGA